AUGGUUUCCCUCUCCAAUAUCCAUCAAACCAACGCUUCAGCCGCAUCAAAGCUACCACCAGGCCUCGUCGCUGUCUUUGCUGGUGCAACAGCAGGUAUCGGUGAAACAGCCCUGAAAGCUUUUGCCAAACAUGCUCCUCGACCCAAGAUUUACUUUAUCGGUCGGUCUCAAGAAGCAGGUGAUCGAUUACAGAUUGAGUUGAAGGACCUGAACCCUGAGGGAAGCUAUGUCUUUAUACAAAAGGACAUGAGCUUGUUGAAGAAUGCCGAUGAAGUGUGUCGAGAUAUCAAGAGUAAGGAGACGGCGUUGAAUGUACUGUUUAUGAGCCAGGGGACGCUUAGGAUGGUUGAUACCAGCGAAGGACUUCCUAUGGUCAUGGCACUUUCACACUACUCCCGCGCUCGUCUCACAGUCAAUCUUCUCCCCCUUCUCCAAAAGGCAUCUUCUCUACGAAGAGUCGUAACAGUCAUGGCUGGUACACACGAAGGACAAAUUUUCGCAGACGACAUCGCAUGCCGCAACAUUCCUUUUACAAGCAUCCACCGCUGCAGAGGCCACAUGUGUUCCACUCUAACCCUCUCCCUCGAAGCGCUGGCUCGUCAAGCACCAGAGGUAUCAUUCAUCCACAACUUCCCCGGCUCCGUAGACACAGAUCUCAUCCGCAGCGGAGACGGGAUCAUGAUGCAUAUUAUGAAGUACUGGUUCAAGAUCAGCAUGGCUGUCAAGAGGUCGUGGCUUCCGAAGGAGGAGUGUGGGGAGAGACAUGCGUGGUUGUGUUGGAGUGGGAUGUUUCCUGAUAAGUUGGGUCAGAGUGAUAAUGGUGUUGAGAGUGCUGGGGUUGCGGUUGGUGUUGAUGGGAGUAGGGGAAGUGGUGUGUAUAGUCUUUAUUGGGAUGGGGAGAGUGCUGGGGAUGAGGUUGUUAAGCUGCUGGGUGAGUACCGAGAGGAGGGGAUGGUUGAUAAGGUGUGGAAAGAUCUGGAGACGGAGUUUGGUAGGAUUACGGGGAAGACUUGUAUCUAG